AUGCAUGCGAACAGGCAAACAAUCUGGGAGAAGAAUGUUGCCAAAAUUCGUCAGCACAACCUUGAACAUGAUCUCGGUCUUCACACUUAUACUAUGAAGAUGAAUCGUUUCGGUGAUUUGACUCACGAAGAGUUCAAGAAAAGUAUGAACGGGUUCAAGAUAAACGCUAAUGUUGACAACAAUAAAUACGACCGACACAUGUUUUUGGCACCGUCCAAUCUUGUCAUUCCUGAUGAAGUUGAAUCCUUACUGAGACAGUGUUCAUCCGCAAUGGUCUAA